AAUCAGUUGAAUUUAUUUAGGUUGGAUGUGGUGGUCUGUUAUUGGCGCUGGUAUUGAUAAGGUGGUAAACCUCUGCCAUUAAUACCAAGGAAGAAAAUGUUGGCACCAAAUCAAACGAGGGAAGCACUUUCUCUUUCCCUACCCCAACCGUCGUCUCCUCCUCCGGAACCCGUCAACGUCCACCUCCGGCGUCGCCACCUCCUCAGCACCACCGCAUUCACCAUCUCCUUCAAUUUCAAUCUUUCAUUCGCAACCUCUCUGUCCGUAACAGAACCGGUGGCCGGUGCCAGCGGCCUCUUCCAAAUGCCCCCACCACGCCUGACCAACCGGUAUUUUCUGGUGAGAGCUGGUGAGUCUGAGUUCGAGAGCAUGGGAGUUAUCAACACCAACCCCGUGGAGAAGACUUCAGUAGAUAGUGGCUUAUCUGAAAGAGGGAAAAAACAGGCUAUAAAAGCAGCUUUUGAUUUGAAAGAAAUGGGAGCAUGUGACAAAGGUUGUUGGAUCUGGUCUGCUAUAACUCAAAGAGCUUACCAGACUGCAGAGAUCAUUGCUUCUGUUAAUGGAGUUACCCGUAGCUAUAUAGUCCCAGAAUUCAGCUUUCUUGAUGCCCGUGGAUUAGGUGCUUAUGAAGGGAAAAAACUGGAAUCUGUUUCAGAAGUGUAUGCCUCAGAUGGUAUAUCUCCAAACAUCAAGCCUCCUCCUAUUGAUGAUGGAACUCCGAAUGAGAGUGUUGCAGAUGUUUUUGUUCGUGUGACACAGCUUAUGUCGAUUCUCGAAACUCAGUACUCAGGUGACACCGUUAUUAUAGUUUCGCCUGAUUCUGACAACUUGACAAUUCUUCAGGCUGGUUUGAUAGGACUAGACCUACGAAGACACAGGGAUUUGUCUUUUUCACCCGGUGAAGUCCGCUUUGUUGAUCCCAGUGACAUUCCUGCCUACAAGCAGCCUGCGUCUGCUGUAUAUAAAUGUUCCAAGAACCCACCAAAUUGUAACUGACUGUAUUCUUUCGGUCAAGGUAUAGCAGGAAUAUGGAUACUGAUCAGUAGUUCAAGUUGUUCUGAUGUUUAAUUGAAAUAAUAAACUUAUCACUUAAUACAAUCUAAAGAUGAUUAAAUGAAUCCGAGUUCAUAAAUGUAAUGGAAGCCUGAAGAUUAAAUUGAGUUUCAUAAGGAUGACUUAGACAUUGGGGGUAUGUUGCCGUGUAUGAUGGAUUAGUUAUAUCCCUGAUUCUCUUUGUGCUUAAAAUAUACCAAGUUGAAGCACACAACAGUCCUGCAAAGAAAAUUUAUCCAUGAAACAAGGGGCUAAUAAGAUUAACAUGUUAUUAAUAAUAUGUUUGGGUGAAUAUGAUUUAUUCAGCAAACUAUGCAAUGAACAGAGAAUACAUAGGGAAAGAAUGUUAAUAGUUUGCACCUAUGUCGUGUUAAAUGCUUAAUGCAGAAAGGAGCAAUAAGGUUUGCACUCCUAAACUUGGUCGAAAGGCAAAAUGAAUUAGAAAUUCCAAUACUAAGACUAUAGAACGGUGCCUCAUGACUGUAAGAUGUCUAAAUUUUUGGAUGUAUGGUUGAGAUAUGCCUUUUCUGUGAAGGGAACAACUGAAGUUAAGUCUGAUACUGUCUUCAAGUCAUUAUUUUGCAAUUCGAGCAUGGUGGGUGGAGAAUUUAGUGCCACUCGAGUUAUUAGUUUGAGAUACAGACUGACAAGAACAUCUAGAACUGAUAGAGAUAAAUUUUAAAUCUUGGUACAGAAUUAAAAUUAAACUUGAUCAACU